GCAGUGUGCGCGAUGUGUGCUGCUCUUGGGGUUUUGUGCAAAACCUGAUGUUCUCCGACCAGGACCAUAGAUUAGUCGACCUUCAAGUGUCAGUUUACUGAGGGACUAGAUCUCUUGACUAAAAAAUGAUCGUGGCCUGGGGGCGCCAAGAGGAUGGCGAAAGCGGGAAUAUUGCCUUUCCUAACGUCAAUUUCAGCAUCUUUUUGCAAUUAGACCUCAUUUUUCGAGCUACUUUUAAUCUCUAAAAUUUACCUACAGGAGACAGUUGGAGCACAUGGGACGGGGCUCGAAGUGGGCUCAGGGAGUUGCUAAUGGCUUGUAGCCGCUAGAGGAAGUAUCUUGAGAUCCCUGGAACUGGACUUGGCAGAAACCUGAGGUGUGAUGAGCACACCUGCUUGGGUAUCUUCAGGGACAACCUAGCGCUCUUUGCCUUUGAGAUCCUAGUUAGGUCUUCCAUUCUUUGCCUUUCCCACCAGCUAUCUUUCGCAACCCCGCCUUGACCUCCACUUUCUACCUAGGCUCUUGCAGCCUGCAGUCCUCUAGGACUGUGUGGCCCCAAUUAUAAAGACCAGUGUCUCACAAGGACACAGUUAGUGCCCAGAGAUAGUUCACUUACUGUUAAAAGGGCUGCUUGGUUGACAGGGUGGGGCAGGUACAGUUUGCAGAGAUGGAAAAGCAAACGGCUUCAGAACCAGUAAAUAAGUUCUCUAACAUAGGCAAUUCAGCUCCCUCUGCUCUGAGUAGCAACUAGGUAUGCUAGGGUUUGCUGAGCUUAUGUUCUGUCAGCACUCUGAAGGAGCUAUGUUAAUGGGUGAGGGAUAUUCUGGAACGGGAAAUGGAAAUAACAGUUCACUUUAUCAAAGUGAAGUUGUUUGGUAGCCAGAGGCUGUGCCACUCUGGAAAGCUAUGUGCUAGACUCCAGGGACACAAGAGAAUGUAACCCCGUCUGUCCAGAGUGUUGUAGGGUUGACUUGAAUGGCAACAAACACUGGAAGUCAGGCUGAGGCUUGAAAGCUUGGGGCAUUGAGUGUUUGGUUACAUGGAAACAAACCCUAUAGUUGAUGUCACCAAAUUCCCAGCUUGUUUCUCAGUUAUGUGGCAUUUCUGGCAGCAAUCUGAGCUGUUUUCCCACUUAAGUGGUGGCUGCACCAGUAGGGUGGGUACUAUGACCUGGGGCUGUGUAGCUGGUCCUGUGUCCUCAUUUUUCUGCUUUGACCCCAGCUCAGCCAGGUAAAGCGUGAUUGUCUUCAGUUGCCGGAGUGGAUGAGAGAGGGUGCUACAUUACAUUCCCUUGUUGCUAUGGGGCAUGGAGUGCUGCACCUGCCAACACCCAGGGUGCAUAUGGAAGCGGUAUGGCCAGCUGGCAAGGUUAUGAAAACUACAACUACUACAAUGCCCAGAACACCACUGCCACUGUCUCUGCAGGAGCGCCUUAUAGUUAUGGCCCAACCUCAUGGGAGGCCACCAAGGCCAGUGAUGGUGGCCUGGCAGCUGGGAACUCUGCCAUGCAGAUGCCCUCUUUUGCCCCAGAGCCGUGCACUGACAAUUCCGACACACUCAUUGCCAAGAUCAACCAACGUCUGGACAUGCUGUCCAAGGAAGGAGGCAGGGGCGGGGCCAGCAGCAGUGGGGAGGGCAUGCAGGACCGAGACAGUUCCUUCCGCUUCCAGUCAUAUGAGCCCUAUGACUCCAGACCCUGUUUGCCUGAGCAUAAUCCCUACCGCCCUAGCUACAGCUAUGAUUAUGACUUUGACUUGGGGGCUGACCGCAAUGGUACCUUUGGUGGGACAUUCAAUGACUGUCGGGAUCCAACACCAGAACGGGGCUCCCUUGAUGGCUUCAUGAGAGGCCGGGGCCAGGGCCAGGGCCAGGGCCAAGGCCGCUUCCAGGACCGGAGUAACUCCAACACCUUCAUACGUAGUGACCCCUUCAUGCCACCCUCAGCCUCCUCGGAGCCCCUACCCACUACCUGGAAUGAGCUGAACUACAUGGGUGGACGUGGUCUAGGUGGGCCCUCCACCAACAGGCCACCUCCUUCCCUCUUCUCCCAGUCCAUGGCCGCUGACUACAGCAUGAUGGGCGUGCAGGGGGUGGGCACUUUUGGUAGCACCAUGCCUUACGGAUAUGGCCGGUCCCAGACUCGGAUACGGGAUUGGCCCAGGAGGAGAGGGUUUGAGCGCUUUGGACCAGACAACAUGGGCAGGAAGCGGAAGCAGUUUCCAAUGUAUGAAGAACCUGAUGCCAAACUGGCCCGUGCUGACAGUGACGGGGACUUGUCUGAAAAUGAUGAUGGAGCUGGUGACUUACGGUCAGGAGACGAAGAGUUCAGGGGGGAGGAUGAACUCUAUGACUCCAGGAAGCAGAGAGGAGAAAAGGAGGAUGAGGACGAGGAUGUGAAGAAGAGACGAGAGAAACAGAGGAGGAGAGACCGGAUGCGGGACCGAGCAGCUGACAGGAUUCAGUUUGCCUGUUCUGUAUGCAAGUUUCGUAGCUUUGAAGAUGAAGAAAUCCAAAAGCACCUGCAAAGCAAAUUUCACAAAGAGACAUUGCGGUUUAUAAGUACUAAACUGCCUGACAAGACAGUGGAGUUCCUCCAGGAGUACAUCAUAAACAGGAAUAAGAAAAUUGAAAAGCGGCGUCAGGAAUUGUUGGAGAAGGAAAGCCCUAAACCCAAACCAGAUCCAUUCAAAGGGAUUGGCCAGGAGCAUUUCUUCAAGAAGAUUGAAGCGGCGCACUGCUUGGCCUGUGACAUGCUGAUUCCUGCACAGCACCAGCUCCUCCAGCGGCAUCUGCACUCUGUGGACCACAACCAUAACCGGAGGUUGGCUGCUGAACAGUUCAAGAAAACAAGUCUUCAUGUGGCUAAGAGUGUUUUGAACAACAAACAUAUAGUGAAGAUGCUGGAAAAAUACCUCAAGGGUGAGGAUCCUUUUGCCAGUGAGACAGGUGAUCUUGAGACAGAAGGAGAUGAAAAUGUAGGAGGAGAGAAGGAGGAGACGCCAGAGGAGGUAGCUGCAGAAGUCUUAGCAGAGGUGAUUACAGCAGCGGUGAGAGCUGUAGAGGGGGAAGGAGAGCCAGCCGCAGAGCAUAAUGAAGUCCCAGAUGAAGUGGAAGGCCCUGUGAACACCAUGGAGACCAGUAGUGACCGCCACACUGAAAAGCCGCUGGAAGAGCGAACCUGUGAAACAGCGCCUGAAGACGGGAACCCUGAAGACAAGGCCAGAAGUGAGGCAGUCAUGCCAGCAGCAGAGACAGAGAGCACCAUACCUGUGACAGCUAUUCCAGGAAUCAUGGACGAUGAUGGAGUGGGACAAACUGAUGCAGACUCUAAAGAUACUCCCACUGAGUGACCUUUUCUUCCGUUUCAAGGGAUGUGUUGUCUCUUUGAUUUAUGAGCAGUACUAGGGUGUGUGUUACUGGGUGGAAAGACUCAGCCGGUUCCUUCCCAAUAUACCUCAAGGGCUGAUGCUAUACAGUGGAUGGCUUCCCACCUCUGUUAGGAUACAAAAAGAGGUAAAUCAUUUUCCCAAGUGGCCUUUGAUGGCUGUUUGUGCACUGCAGUUAAAAUAAUAAAAGACCUUCCUAAUACUUGUUAAUUACAGCAACUGAGAGAAUGUGGGGGUUUUGUUGUUAUUUGCUUGGAAAACAGCUUGAUGAUAGGAAUAUAACUUGCUCAAGUGUUUUGGGGGAAUUGUGGAGGGGUUUGCUGUUGGGUUUUUGUUUUGUUUUCUAUGGGGAUUCCCUUAUUCACCCAAAUGGUAUGUGAUGUGGGACAUACAAGUUUAACCGUCCAGGUCGGUGAGAGCUGAGAUUGUGCCCCCUCUACAUCUGUCCUCCAGGAAAUGGUCAUGCCUAAGGGCAGGUUUUUUGUUUUUUUGUUUUUUUUUUUUUUUUUGUCUUUAUUUUAGCUUUGGCAUUGAGAUAGCAUGUUGCUUCCCACUCUGGCCUCAACUCAAUCCUCCUGUCUCAGCCUCUGGAGUACUGGGACCAUGUAUAUUCAGCCAUGCUCAGCUAGGCUUUGCUUUUUAUAAUACACUGUAUUCUAUGUUCCUCACCAGAUAUGGCAGCAUCCUGUUAGCAUUAGGCAUCUGCCUUGUCACUGCAAUGACCUUGGCCUGUGCAUGAGGUCUGAAAAAGACCUGGUGCUGCUGUUCCAUAGGAAGCGUACCCCCUGGUGCUGCUGUUCCAUAGGAAGCAUACCCCCCCCCCUGAGCCUCUAGAACUGUGACACUCACUGCCAAGGGCAUUCUUCUCCAUGUUCAGUGCUUGCUAAUUAGGUUCAUGUUUUGUCACUUUUGUGUUCCUUGUCUCCAUUAAUGUGGGAUUUUAGGGUUUGGAUUUUUGUUUUGUUUUUUCCUUAAUUCUGUUAUUCCCACCUAUUUAGUAUUUAGGAAGAAAACAUGAAAUUACUCCAUUAAUGGAAAAUAAAUAUAAACUUCCAUAGCUGGGAUCUAUCUGUAAAAAGCUCAUACAGUUAGUGAAGAUGUUUCCAUGUUCAGCAAAUAGUAUUCGUUUGGCAGUUCUGAAUCCUAGAAAGGAAGGCUUAGCAUGUCUUAGGUAGCAUUGCCAGGUUUUUAGGAUCAGAAUGGUAAUUUUUCUUUCCCCCUUUUGAAAUUACAAUGCUGUGUCCGUCCUUGACUGUACACAGCUCACAUCUUGGAAACAUGAACCAGUGGGAAAUAACUAUAAAAGAGGCAAUAAAAUACUGCAGGGAUUCCAUCAGCACUCCUGUCAAGGAGCAUUACUGGGAUAUGAAAUGAACUGUGAUGGGAAUAGCAAUGUCAAAACUUAAUAAGCAAUAAAGUAAUGCCACUGAAACA